UAUUAAUUGAAUGAGCAUUCCGGCUCGUCGCUCAUCGAGCCUACAAGUCAGCACUCAGGGUUAUCGUUGUCCGCUUCCCUGCCUGUGUGAGUAUCAGAAACAUGGCGGAAAGCGAGUUGAACGUUGACAGCCUCAUCUCUAGAUUACUGGAAGUGCGAGGAUGUCGCCCAGGGAAGAUCGUACAGAUGACUGAGGCUGAAGUGCGGGGGCUCUGCAUCAAAUCCAGAGAGAUUUUCCUGAGUCAGCCGAUUCUACUUGAACUGGAGGCUCCACUUAAAAUCUGUGGUGAUAUCCAUGGGCAGUACACAGACUUGUUGAGGCUAUUCGAGUACGGAGGUUUUCCGCCAGAGGCUAACUAUCUGUUCUUGGGGGAUUAUGUGGACAGAGGGAAGCAGUCAUUGGAGACCAUCUGUCUGCUGCUUGCUUACAAGAUCAAAUAUCCAGAAAACUUCUUUUUGCUCAGGGGGAACCACGAGUGUGCCUCCAUCAAUCGCAUCUACGGCUUCUAUGACGAAUGCAAACGCAGGUUCAACAUAAAGCUCUGGAAGACGUUCACAGACUGUUUUAACUGUCUGCCCAUUGCUGCAAUUAUUGAUGAGAAGAUUUUCUGCUGUCAUGGAGGACUAUCACCUGAUCUGCAGUCAAUGGAACAAAUCCGACGUAUUAUGAGACCCACUGAUGUCCCAGACACAGGCUUGCUGUGCGACCUGCUGUGGUCUGAUCCAGACAAAGAUGUCCAGGGCUGGGGGGAAAAUGAUCGGGGAGUAUCCUUCACCUUUGGGGCUGAUGUGGUCAGUAAGUUUCUGAACCGCCACGACCUGGAUCUCAUCUGUCGAGCACACCAGUCAUCUUUGCCUUCCUACAGGUUGUUGAAGAUGGUUACGAGUUCUUUGCAAAGCGGCAGCUGGUCACGCUGUUUUCUGCCCCCAACUACUGCGGCGAGUUUGACAAUGCGGGCGGCAUGAUGAGUGUGGACGAAUCCCUCAUGUGCUCCUUUCAGAUCCUGAAGCCGUCGGAGAAAAAAGCUAAGUACCAGUAUGGAGUGGUGAAUUCAGGACGCCCUGUCACCCCUCCUCGUACUACUCAGGCACCUAAAAAGAGGUGAGCGGCUGGCCCUGACUCUCCUCCGGCUGGGCUUUGGCCCACAUCCCCGCAGGCUGCCUCAAACACUCCAGCCUUCUCAGUCAGUUUAUUCAUGUGUAAACAGAAAUUCCAGGAGUGUUUUUUUGUUUUGCUUGUUCUGUGGAUAUUUUUAUGAAUAUGUGAGUGAUUUUCCUUUUGUUACGGUAUGUAUUUACUCAGCCCGUUCAGGAAUAUUAACACCAACCCCUUUUUGAAAUGGGUGAGAUGCUUCUUUGCCUUCAGAUUAAAAAUUUCCAUUGUGGUUUUGUAAAUGCAUGCACGCGUGUGUGAUUGAGAUGAGUUCUUUAUUCAAACAAUAUGUAAAAUCAGCACUCUCCCAGCCUACAGGUCCAAAUAAUUCCUGUCUCAUCUCAAUUGCCACUUCUGUGUUAUCUUAAGUAUUAAACUGCUUAAAUUGUUAAACAUUUUGGGAAAUAUGCUUAUUUGUAUUCUUGCAAAGAGACAGGUAAGACUGAUGCAGAUUCUCACCUGUUAAAUAUGGCUUUCUUAGCUUAGCACAAGGACCUAAAAUGGCUAGUUACAUUUAGCAAAAUCCCCCUGCCAGCUCUUUAUUUAAACUGUUGUCUCUUGAGUUUUCCUGUGUAAAAAGGACAAAUCUACAGAUUUCUCAGUAAGGACCCAUUGCCCAGAGGAGACUAAAGUUAGUGGUGCUUUCGAAAGUAUGGAGAAAAGAAAAAAAAAAAGUAUGGAGGUGCUCUGGAUUGGCUGUUUGUUUUACUAGUGCACUGCUCACAUGCAUAUUACCACAUGGUAGUUUGUGAAAUAGUUGUGCCAUGAACACACAUCAAUUGAUUGGACAAAAAUUGUUGUGCUUUUGAAAGAGCAAGGGAGUCUGCCUUAUGAGGUCAUGGCAUACGUCCCUCAGGACCAAUGAUUUUAAACUUUCCUAGGUGCUACUUUAAGACUUGAGUUGCAUUUUUAGGUGCUGUUUACUUUUGUUGGCUUAGGCAGCAAAAAUACUUGGUUAGGUUAAGAAAAAGGUCAAGGUUUGGGUUUAAAUAUGUUUUGCAAAUGUUUUAAGGCUGCGCCAUGCAGGCGCAACACAUACUUCUAACUGAAGUCCAUUAAAAUCAACGUUGUGCCGAAUUUCACCACAAAAGGACAAUUUGUGUUCACAAACAACCUUAUUGAGUUAGUGAGAUUCAGAGGUGCUAAUAGGUGGAUUUUGUUGUAUUUGAGCACAGCUAGUCAUGCUAGCCACUUCCUUGUUUCCAGUCUUUAUGCUAAGCUGUGUUAUCUGUACCUACAUACCUGAAGAACAAAAACUGAUAAUCAGUUCACCACGAAUUUCACUCUCAGCGAGUAUAUGCAAAGCAUAUUUCCCAUAAUGUUGAAUUUUUAUCUUUACGUAAAUAUGACAGCUAUGACUUUUUGUACGACUCAAGAAUGUUUUCUCCCCGUGGAGAUGCCAAUUAAAUCCAGAGAAUUUUAUGAUGUACGUGCAAUAAAUAUUGCUAGAAAUCUUGCUUUAUGCAAGCAUAAUUAUUUAAAAUGGCUAUUAAAGCCUCCUUUCAGUUUAAAAAGAUGCCAACCUGUGCUAAAGCUUUAGUUUGGGCAUUUGUAUAAAGUUGAUGCUCCUCGUGGUGUUUCCAGCCCAUUUUUCCACAACUCAUACUGUGCUGUGUACCUUUUGAAUCCCUCACAUUGCUGAACAAGCGUUAGUGGUUGCUAAAGAGAUGAAUUUCCAUUGUCGGUAUAAAAUAAGGAUAAUGCAGUAGUGUAAUCUUUUUUUGUUUUGUUCUGAAGAAAAAGAUCCAGAAAUUGUGGAGCCACACAGCUCAGCAAACAUGCUGAGUUUGUCCUUUAGUCUGAUGAAUACAGUAGGUGUGUAGAAAAGUAGAGACAGAUGUGCCAGUGUGAAAAAAAGAUGGUGAGAAAAUGAAGAACAUGGCAUCUUGUUAAACAUAGGACAAGACUUCAAGUACAGGGUUAACUAAUAGCUGGCAGUCAGUUCAUUUUUAGUGUUCACAUCUCAGCUGUACAUUUGUUCUUCACAGCAGCAGGGGUUGACCUCGACCUCUUACACUGUUCAAAACAUCACUGCAAUUUCAGUCAUUGUGUGUGUAAAGCAGUGACGUGCGGUGAGGGUCGUGACUGGUGAGGCACUGACGUCAUCACAUCAGAUUUACAAACAUAUAGCUUAUUCACCAUUUGAUUGGCAACAGUUGUUUUGUUUAACAUUAACAUAGU